AUGGCGGACUCUCAGGUCAUCUGCAUGGACGAGGAGCACGUGAACGUGAAGAUCCCGGAGUCCAAACCGGAGUUUUACUACAGCGAGGAGCAGCGCGCGGCGCUCGAGCAUCUGCUCCGGCACGGGGACGGAGCCUUCAAACUGCGCCUCCGCGAGGACAACAUCAAAGACUUCCUGUCGGCGCGGGAGGUGCGCUGCAUACGGGACUCGUUUCAGGAAUAUGACGAUCACGAGAACGAGGGGGAGACGGAGCAGUGCGGACCCCGCUCCCCCCGCGACUCGGACUCUGGAGUUCACUCCACCUAUUUCCCCACCGUGUCUGACACCGAGGCUCCGCCGCUCGAGCUCGGCUGGCCCAAAGGCGGCUUCUACCGCGGAGUGACCCGGGUGUCUGUGUACACCCAUCCGCCCAAAGACAACAGCCCGCACAUCAAAGAGGUGGUGAGGAGGCUUAUCCAGGAGUCCAGCAAGACAGUGGCGGUGGUGAUGGACCUCUUGACAGAUUUGCUGAUCCUGCAGGAUCUGCUGGAUGCGGCGAGUAAGCGCUGCGUCGCUGUUUACUUGCUGCUGGAUGAUAAAGGCCUGCCUCACUUCCUGGACAUGUGCAGCCGGCUGCAGAUCUCAGCACAACAUCUACGGAACAUGCGGGUGCGGACGGUAAAGGGCUGCGGCCUGGCUCUGUCCUUCGGCAAACUCCCGGGUUCGAUGUGCUCCAAGUACAUGCUGGUGGAUGGAGAAAAAGUCAUGUUCGGAUCGUACAGCUUUACUUGGACUUCCUCCAGGAUAAACCGGAGUACCAUUACUGUCAUGUCUGGCCAUGUGGUGGAUUUUUUUGACAAUGACUUUCGGGAACUUUAUGCCGUGUCUGAAAAGGUGGAUCUCUACCACGAGUUCCACAUCACCAAACCCACUAUGUCCAGACCCACAUCGGUCCUAAAAUCACCACCCACUACACAGGCUACCCAGCCAGCUUUGCCCGUGGCUGCCUCUCGGUUCCAGGUCUCUCUGGGUGAAUCCAAGCAGGUCAACCUGAACGUUCCUGCGCACAAAUAUCACAACCCCAAAUAUGCUUUGGUCGUGGGGAACAGUUUAGGAAUAACUGGAUCAUUGCAGGAUCUCUCCAAGCUACGGGAUUACGCCGGAAAUGAUAUCAAGAGUAAUAUGGAGAAGUUACUCCACACCGACAAAGGCGCUGAUGAGCCAGACCGAGCAUCUCCAGAGGCGACUGAUGAAAAUAAGAAGGACGUCAAAAAUGCUUCUCCUUUUGGUUCUAAAAAGCAGCGCAGCUCUUUCAGACUUUUCCUCAAAGGCAGGUCACCCAAUAACAGCCCAGAUUUAAAAACUGUGAGCCAAAAUCACAGCUCUGACACUAAACAGGCCAAUCACAGUCCACCAAAGCCUGCCAAUCAUGUCAAAGACACCAAGCUGGCCAAUCACACUAAUGAGCCGCCUAAGGUGGAGAAUCACGUUCGGGAAGCUCAGCCUGAGAGCCCGCAGAUACAGAACUCUAUACACGCCCCUCCUUCACCUGUACACAAAGUCUCAGACAGUGAAACGGGGGCUGAACUGGACGACUCCUUCGUGAUCAUAGAAAAACCGAACGUGACGAAAUUUAAAACCAAGAAUUCCUCCAAACUGCCACAGAGGAGCGUCUCCAUGCAGGUUAUCAACACAGGACAGGAGGACGGCUUGAAAGGGCGCAGACGGAGCCAGAAAAAGAACUGCAUUCAGUCAUGAGAUGAAUGGACUUUGAAUGGACG